AUGUUCGGCGGAUUUGCCGGGUUUGGGGAGGAGCCUGCCACUUCUGGCGUCACUGUCGCAACUGGUGACGCGCAGGCCCAAAAACAGUAUCCACCAACUUCCAUUGCCAGCUCAGUGAACGCGAUUGACAAUCAAUCAUUUGCAAGGUUUGGUUCUCAUACAUCCUCAUUCUCCGCAACAAAAGCCCACCCAACUGCCAUGUCUGCAUUAGAUGAUGAUUUUAGUGAUUCUGCACCUGCGCAGAGGCGGAGAAACGAAUCAUCGGCUGGAUCACCUUUCUACAACGCUUCAGCUAGCAAAGGGGCUAGCAGAAGCGAAGGGAGUGAGCCACCAAGAAAGCACGGUUUCAGCAUUCAACAUGAUGAGGACAGCUCUCGCCUCAGCCUGUUCAGUAGGCUGAAAUCGAGUACGUCCUCAGGAGGCAGGCAGUCUUCCAAGGUUAUGAGUUCUCUUCCGCUUGGCCGCAGAAAGUUGCGAGAGAGUCGGAUGCACAUAUCCUGGCCGUCUGGGCCCAUAGAAGUUGCAAAACUCGAUGACUUUCAAAAGGAUUUCUACUGCGCAACUGAUCAGGCAUCCGCCAAAGCCACAAAGGAGAUUCACGAAUAUCUCCAGAGCCAUAGCAUGGUCUUCCAUGGGGACUAUGAGCCUGUCAUCUUCUUCGACUUCUCAGGGCUCGAUCCACAUUUUUCAAAUGCCAUGUAUGAUCUUCAAUUCACAAAGAAAGCGGGAGAUUGCUGCCUAUCGACUAUACUAAAAAACCACUACAAGUUUUCUAAACCAACAUGCGUUCAAGCCGCGUCCUGGCCUAUACUCAUACAAGGGCGUGACUGCAUAGGCAUCGCAGAAACAGGCUCGGGAAAGACGCAUGCAUUCUCCAUUCCUGCAUUGCUGCAUGCUGCGGCCCAACCACCAACUUCAGAGGCUGUUCCUUCGCCCAUUGUGGUUGUAUUUGCCCCAGCACGCGAGCUUGCAUCGCAAAUAUAUAUGGAGAUUGAAAACCUCCUAGAUCACUUUAACUCCAUGCUCUACAGAUGCUACGGGGAUGAAAUUGCAUAUGACGGAACAAAGAAAACCCCCCUGAGGCCACUCUAUGCUGCCGUAAGCUAUGGCGGCAAAGACUGGAGAGAUCACUACAAAAAGAUGAUGGUCGAACCCCUUGAUAUACUUGUCACGACGCCAGGAAUAUUUGGCUACUUUUACGGCCGCAAUCUCAUCAAUCUGUCGCGUGUUACCUACGCUGUUCUAGACGAAUGUGACGCCAUACUAUCCUCCGGGUUUAAGGCCGAGCUUGACAUUCUUCUUACGAAUUCUGCGUCCAACAGACAAACAUUACUAUGGAGCGCUACGUGGCCAAGUGAGGUGAGUGAAGUGGCACAGUCUUAUUUAAACGAAAACACUGUCUUCUUAGGCAUUGGAAACUACAGAGCAAGUGUCAACAAGCAUGUAAUCCAGCAUAUUGUCGUUGCUAAAAGCAUUAAGCAGAAAAAUAUAUACUUGAUUGAUCUACUGAAGUGCAUUAUGGAUGGAACAUUCGAUGAUUCAAUGGAGAAGCUCCAAGGCAAUGGCGUGUUCACGUCAAUUGCGACGUCUAUCCAAGAUGAGUAUCGUGCUUGGUGCUCAUCACUAAAACAGCAGUCAAAAGAUCAGUCACCGGAGACAAGCGAAGCAUCUGCUUCCGUCAGGAUUAUCGUCUUCGUCAACAAAAAGAUCUCGGCCGAUGAGAUACACGACGAAUUGUCAAAGCUUUACGGCGGAAAGUCUUGCAUUAUUCAUGGAGACAUUCCGCAGAUUGACAGGGAAACGGCCCUAGAGAAAUUCAAGAACGACGAGGGAAGUAUCCUUGUUGCGACAGAUGCAGUCGCCAGGGGUGUUCACAUUGAAGGCGUAACGCAUGUGAUCAAUUACGACAUACCCAAGGAGCAUGUCUCCUACGUGCAUCGCUGUGGGCGGACAGGUCGUGCCGGAAAGUUCGGCCAUGCUAUAUCCAUAUUCCUUCCGUGUACCGACAGGCAAAUGGUAGACGCACUGGCGGGAUACUUCAAAGAAAACAACGAAUCGGCGACUCUGCCACCUGAAUUCCUGGACCAUGACGCUGAUAGCAACGAUGCAAAUAGGAUUUCACGCCGUGGCCCUCGAACGACAAAAAGAGAUUUUAAGGAUCAAUCUGGACAACCCUUUGCGAAUGACGAUGAUGAUCCAUUUGAUGGUUAG